CAGGAAGGUAAAUUUUAAAUAGAUUUUAUAAUUUCUAUUUAAAUUAUAAAGAUUUGUUACAGUUUUUUUUGUUAAAAAUGUAUGCAGAAUGUGCGCUAAUUCACAAUAACCAUGCAAAAUAGUCAUUUACAAUAAAUUGACCGAAUCACUAGAUUCUGCAAUGGAUGCUAUCGUGCCCUUGUAUAUUUCGGUAUAGGAUGUUUGCAAUCUGCGAUCUUGCAAGAGCAAGAUAAUCCCCCUAUUAAUUUUUGUUUGAAAAACUUGAAGUUCAUUUUCAUAAUUUAUUACAUUUUGUCUAUUAUUAUUGAUUAUUUUAUCAUUUAAUUUCGAUUGUGUCAUCGCGGUUUGGUACUAUUAUAAAACUAAAUAUACUGCCUAAAAAGUUUAGUGAUAUUUUUGUUCUAUGCGUUAAAUGAGCCGCUCAGUGCACACAUCGAUUAACUCCUUAACCCUAGAAAGAUAGUCUGCGUAAAAUUGACGCAUGCAUUUUCGAAAUAUUGCUCUCUCUUUCUAAAUAGCGCGAAUCCGUCGCUGUGCGUUUAGGACAUCUCAGUCGCCGCUUGGAGCUCCCGUGAGGCGUGCUUGUCAAUGCGAUAUCGUGACUAAAAUAUAUUAAAAUGGGUAGUCCUUUAGACAAUGAGCGUAUCCUCUCUGCUCUUCUGCAAAGCGAUGACGAGCUCGUUGGUGAGGAUUCUGACAGUGAAAUAUCAGAUCACGUAAGUGAAGAUGACGUCCAGAGCGAUACAGAAGAAGCGUUUAUAGAUGAGGUGCAUGAAGUGCAGCCAACGUCAAGCGGUAGUGAAAUAUUAGAACAAAAUAUUAUUGAACAACCAGGUUCUUCAUUGACUUCUAACAGAAUCUUGACCUUGCCACAGAGGACUAUUAGAGGUAAGAAUAAACAUUGUUGGUCAACUUCAAAGUCCACGAGGCGUAGCCGAGUCUCUGCACUGAACAUUGUCAGAUCUCAAAGAGGUCCGACGCGUAUGUGCCGCAAUAUAUAUGACCCACUUUUAUGCUUCAAACUAUUUUUUACUGAUGAGAUAAUUUCGGAAAUCGUAAAAUGGACAAAUGCUGAGAUAUCAUUGAAACGUCGGGAAUCUAUGACAGGUGCUUCAUUUCGUGACACGAAUGAAGAUGAAAUCCAUGCUUUGUUUGGUAUUCUGGUAAUGACAGCAGUGAGAAAAGAUAACCACAUGUCCAUAGAUGACCUCUAUGAUCGAUCUUUGUCAUUGGUAUACGUCUCUGUAAUGAGUCGUGAUCGUUUUGAUUUUUUGAUACGAUGUCUUAGAAUGGAUGACAAAAGUAUACGGCCCACACUUCAAGGAAACGAUGUAUUUACUCCUGUUAGAAAAAUAUGGGAUCUCUUUAUCCAUCAGUGCAUACAUAAUUACACUCCAGGGGCUCAUUUGACCAUAGAUGAACAGUUACUUGGGUUUAGAGGACGGUGUCCGUUUAGAAUGUAUAUUCCCAACAAGCCAAGUAAGUAUGGAAUAAAAAUCCUCAUGAUGUGUGACAGUGGUACAAAGUACAUGAUAAAUGGAAUGCCUUAUUUGGGAAGAGGAACUCAGACCAACGGAGUACCACUCGGUGAAUACUACGUGAAGGAGUUAUCAAAGCCUGUGCACGGUAGUUGUCGUAAUAUUACGUGUGACAAUUGGUUCACCUCAAUCCCUUUGGCAAAAAACUUACUACAAGAACCGUAGAAGUUAACCAUUGUGGGAACCGUGCGAUCAAACAAACGCGAGAUACCGGAAGUACUGAAAAACAGUCGCUCCAGGCCAGUGGGGACAUCGAUGUUUUGUUUUGACGGACCCUUACUCUCGUCUCCUAUAAACCGAAGCCAGCUAAGAUGGUAUACUUAUUAUCAUCUUGUGAUGAGGAUGCUUCCAUCAACGAAAGUACCGGUAAACCGCAAAUGAUUAUGUAUUAUAACCAGACUAAAGGCGGAGUGGACACGCUAGACCAAAUGUGUUCUGUGAUGUCCUGCAGUAGGAAGACGAAUAAGUGGCCUAUGGCAUUAUUGUACGGAAUGAUAAACAUUGCCUGCAUAAAUUCUUUUAUUAUAUACAGUCAUAAUGUUAGUAGCAAGGGAGAAAAGGUUCAAAGUCGCAAAAAUUUUAUGAAAAACCUUAACAUGAGCCUGACGUCAUCGUUUAUGCGUAAGCGUUUAGAAGCUCCUACUUUGAAGAGAUAUUUGCGCGAUAAUAUCUCUAAUAUUUUGCCAAAUGAAGUGCCUGGUACAUCAGAAGACAGUACUGAAGAGCCAGUAACGAAAAAACGUACUUACUGUACUUACUGCCCCUCUAAAAUAAGGCGAAAGGCAAAUGCAUCGUGCAAAAAAUGCAAAAAAGUUAUUUGUCGAGAGCAUAAUAUUGAUAUUUGCCAAAGUUGUUUCUGACUGACUAAUAAGUAAAAUUUGUUUCUAAUAUGUAUAAGAUAUGCUAAUUAUUUAUUUUAUAAUACAACAUGACUGAUUUCAUAGUACAAAAUAAGUUUAUUUUGUAAAAGAGAGAAUGUUUAAAAGUUUUGUUACUUUAUAGAAGAAGUUUUAAGUUUUUGUUUUUUUUUAAUGAAUAAAUAAACAUAAAUAAAUUAUUUGUUGAAUUUAUUAUUAGUAUGUAAGUGUAAAUAUAAUAAAACGUAAUAUCUAUUCAAAUUAAUAAAUAAACCUCGAUAUACAGACCGAUAAAACACAUGCGUCAAUUUUACGCAUGAUUAUCUUUAACGUACGUCACAAUAUGAUUAUCUUUCUAGGGUUAAGAAAAAGUUAAGCCUGGUUGGCCCAACACCUGGGCGUUUUCAGUUGAGCUUCUCCUUACUUAUUUUCAUUCGAUUAAAAUUAGCUGCAUUUUGUGUUCUGUGUAUAAUUUGUGAUAAUAUGUAUACAGAGAACGUCUAUCAUGGAGAAGGUUCACGGCGCGGAGAUCGUAAAAAUAUUUCUGGCUAACUCGGUCGAGAUGGUCCAGUUUCACCACAGACAAAUUAUUAGCGUGUUUCACCACGAAUAUAGCAGAAUUGAGCAUUUUCAGUGUUAAAUGAGAAAAAUAAUGCGAAUUCCAAUGUAAAGGAAUGUAUGCGUACAGAUUCGUUUAUUUACUAUGCUCAAACGACUCUGCUUAUAAUUUAUAGAUCGGUAUACAUACAUACAUACAUAUGUAUAUUUGUUAUGAAAAUACAUACAUAUGUAAGUGUGUAUUUUGAAUUUGACCUAUGUAUUUGUAUUCCAUAAAAUCUUUGUAAGUAUUACUACCUAAAUAUAUGUACAUAUGUACAUUUUAUAUGGGUUUGACAGGUCAUAUACAUAUGUAUUUAUAUACAAAAAUAUGUACAUAUAUGCAUAUUUGCUUUAAUUAUUAAAAGUUUCGAUAUCAUGUUAAAAGACCAAGCGGUCGCACAUGUGCUCAUAUAUAAUUAUGUGUGCAUGUAAACAAAUAUGAUAGACCAUAGGGAUAAUGUUUGUAAAUUUGUCUAGAUGCAGUACAUACAUAUGUAUGUAUGUAAAUAUGUACACUCAAUGCUUCAUGCGAAAUCUCCGUUUGACACUGACAACCAAUGGCGAAGCUCGCGUUUUUUGCUUUCAUGUUAACGAGUCAAUCUGUCGACAAAGCAUCGUGUUGUUGGUAGAAAAUCCGAGCUGUGCCGAAACAAUAAGCAAACGAUCGUCUAUUGUUACCGCUUCCCUUGCCGCGCAAACAGCUUCGCUUAAAACUUGCGUAAAUAUGUAUGAAUAUAUACUUACGUAUGAGCUUGCAUACAUAUCGUCACAGAUUUUUGCAAGCCGCGUAAAAUACAGUCAAUCCCGGUUAUGUGCCACAAUCAAAGAUACAGAUUUUUGUGGUUUGUUAAAAAUAAAAAUUUAAUAUGGUACAUAACCGACUGCGGAUACUUAACCGAGUCGUACUUAAAACAAUGGUUUGAAUGUAUUUCAAAAAAAAAAAACCGUGAGAUGCAGCAAGAUAUAGGCAGUUAAGAGGAAUGAUUUUCAUUUAAGCGGAGUACUACUUAACCGGGAUUGACUGUACACAUAAAUCAGAGGAAUAUUGAACAUUUUCUUUAAUACAUUUCUUGACAAAUAAACUAUGUUGGCACUUUUUCCUUCUCAUACAAAUAUCAGAAAUUGUUCAAAUUAUGAUUUUUAGCUUUUGCCACCGUCGCGAUGUAAUGGUGUUUGUUUUUAUGAAUGAAGCAAGUUUGCCUGUUGAAAGUGCGCUUGCGUUCAUGAAAGAAAAUAUAGUUGUUGUGUAUUUUUCUACAAAUUUGGGCAUCGACUAUUUGGCUGCCAUAUUGGCUUGUGACGCUGCUGAUGCUAUUUCAAACGAUUCUUGUUUUUGUAGAACAAUAUUUGUAAUGCGGGUGACAUAUCUACAAGUGAACGCAUAUAAGUAUGUAUGUUGUGUAUACGUUAUUUGUGUGCCAAUGUCAUACGCUCAUGUUUAUGUAUGUACAUAUGAGCAGCGCGCACAUGUUAUAUUAUUGAUAAGUGAUAAUAUGAUCUGAAUUCGCGAAAGCGAACAUAAACACAUAUGGUCAUGAUACAUGUGCAUAUAAGUUUUGAAUGAUAAAAUGUCCGAUUAAUGUACAUUUAUCACUAUUGUAAUAUGUAUGUAUAUUUAAUUUUUUUAAUAAUAUUAUGAUAGUUUGUUUUAUACAUACAUAUGUAUGUUAUGAAGUAUGUAUAUAUAUAAGUAUGAUUUGAUAUAUUCAAAAAAUAAUUAUAAAAUAGGCUUUAUUUUCACAUUAACAAAUGCAUUCAAUUGCACAUGUAUUCAUUAAUAAGCACAAAAAGAAUUCAUACGAAUACACAUGUUUGCAUAUAAACGUAUAAAAAUAUAAGCAAAAGAGCGAACAUACGUCUGUUAGAGCAAUAUAUAGUUUUGAGCAUAAUUUUUAUUUCACGCUCAGCUCUGUUCAAGCGAAAAUGUUAAGAUUUCUCCUGCCGAGCUGGCAGUGGUGAAACUGGACCAUCUCGACCGAGUUAGCCAAAACUAUUUUUACGAUCUCCGCGCCGUGAACCUUCUCUAUGAUAGACGUUCUUUGAUGUAUAUUUACGUUAAAAAUGACAGGACAGUUAUCUACUCGUAUUAAUUACUUUGAAAGUCUCAAUAAAUAACCCGUAUUUAUAAAAUUGAUAAAUAUAUGUUUUCUCGUUUAUGUAUACAUAUA